AUGGACCACGCUGUUCCUGCUGCUGCUGCCCCUGCUCCAAGCCUAGUCCCAGCCCUGACCCCCAUAGGGCGUCCUGGCCUGUCCAGCAUCUCAUUCCUUUUCACUUCUCGGCAAGAAGGGGAUGAGAAUAGGAGACAUGUUUGGAGACCCUGGUUGUCUUCUACAAGUGACUCCGUAAGGCAGGUGAGAACGUUUGUGAAUUUGGCCAUUUGUGGGGCAACAGGUGCUGAGUUCACCAAGGCUAACUCCGAGUUCCAUCACCCCGUCAGGCUCUUCUGGCCUAAAUCUCGCUCCUUUGACUACCUGUACAGAGAUGGGGAGAUUUUACUGCGAAACUUCCCUGUUCAGGCAACUAUCAAUCUGUAUGAAGACUCGGACAGUGAGGAAGAGGAGGAGGUGGAGGAGGAGGAAGAUGAGAAGGAGAAAGUGGAGAAAGAUCAAGAAGAGGAGAAAAAGGACACAGAUGGAAAAGGACCACAAGGGGAUGUGAGGGUACAACAGUCAACACCACACAGAGCCCCAGCUUAUCCGCCUUCACCACCUCUGCCUUGUCCAAAUUGA